AUGGAUAUCAGUACGUUAUUUAAAGCAAGUGUGAAGACAGUUAGUCUUCGUAACAAAGCUCUGGGAAUUACUGAUGGUACGUGGAACCAAAAGAGGACAAAGAGUAAAAGUGCCUUUUUCAUACAAGCCCAAGGUGUUGUUGCACAGAUCUCAAAGCUACGUGAGUUUUUGUUGGAGAACCGUAAAGCGUACCUAAACUUCUCCAACUAUUUGUCAAAUGUGCCAAGCAUGACAGAUGUGGAUCGCGACAAAAUCGACAUCGGCGCGCAAAAAAUAAUGAGUACUUGCUCUCAAUUGAUCAAAGAACUAAGAAGAGAGAUAGCAGAUUCUGAAGUUUCUCCACAAAACUUAGAGCACAGGGAAAUCAUGUUGUUGUUGAUCGAGGAUUACCUGAAAAAUGUAUGCAAGAUCUAUUCAGAACAGAAAGCGAUACGAGUGAAAAGAGCGAUAGAGAUAAGAAAGAUUGCCAAAUUGGAAUUAGACACGAAGCCUGUUAAACCAUUAUCCGAAGUAAAGAAACUUAACUUGAACGCAAAUGAGGACAAUGAAGACAAAGAAGGUAAAAUUGACUCCGGUGAAUCCAGUCCAAUGAAAAUACAGGAAAUAAACGGCGAUGUGAAUGCGCUGAUGUACGAGGAAGAGAUAUCGCCUGAAGAUGUACAGGUUUUUGAGGCAGAAAAUGAGCAACUGUAUAAUGAACUUAACACAUUGACGGAAGAAGUGAAACAAAUAGAAAGCAAAGUUGUGCAUAUAGCUGAACUUCAAGAAAUAUUCACGGAAAAGGUAUUAGAUCAGGAUAAGGACUUAGACCGUUUAAUGACGACCGUCGUUGGAUCAACGGAAAAUGUGAAGGAAGCAAAUGAACAGAUUAGGCAAGCGAUCCAAAGGAACGCCGGACUUCGAGUUAAUGUGGUGCAUAGUAAACAUAUACGUUCUGUAUAAUAAAAAAAAUCACAAAAAAGAGAAAUCUUUACAUCGGAUGUCCAUACAAUACGCAAUAUUAUAUAAAACAUUCUUCGACAUUAUCAACCAUAAAGUAAUUUUACAUAUACUUUAUUAAUAGAAUCAUAUUUAGCUACUGUAAUAUAAUUUCUUUUUUUAUCAGACACUUAUCAAAAAUAGAUUUUGUAACAUCAUUGGAAAACUAUUGAAACAACGAUUUUAA